UUGUACAGCUUCCACACACCAAUAUGAACUCAAAAGUCCUUCUUCUCGUGACACUCGUGGCUGUCGCCGCCGCUGACAGGCGACCUUACUCCUACUCCGCCCCCGAUUUUUCCUCUGAGGAAUUCGGCCCCGCCCACUAUAACUUCGACUGGGCGGUCCAGCACAGCGACUCCGGCAACAACUUCGGCCACCAGGAGGCCCGCGACGGCGACGACACCCAAGGAUCGUACUUCGUGCAGCUUCCCGACGGCCGCCUGCAGACCGUCAGGUUUAACGUGCAAGGAGACUCCGGUUACGUGCCCGAAAUCUCGUACGAAGGAGAGGCUCGUUAUCCUGACUCCUUCGAAUCGUUCGAAUCAUUCGAGUCGUUCGAAUCUCGUGAAUCGCGUGGCUACGCCCCCCCGAGACCCGUGUACGGGUAAAGUUGGAGGAAAAGAGAAAUCCCUACAUCGGCUACCAUCACUCCCUCAGAUAACUUAUUUUUCAUCAUGUAAUAUAUUUUACUUAAAUAAAACAUGCA